AUGAACAAGGUGGUAUGGUCUGAAGUCCUCCCCUGGGAGGAGAUCAUCACCAAGGAUGCCCUGGAGGCAUCUGACGAGAAGCACUCAACCAGAUUUGAUCAACUCAAGCACAUUAUCGAGGCUGACAAGGCUUCACAAAAAGAGAUUAAUGACCAGCUUGCUCAGAUGAUGAACCUCCAAGGUCAAAUCUCUACCCUGCUCACUACAAACGGGAUCAAGAAAACCAACCCAACCCGUGAGGAUGAUGCCUUUCUAUUCUUAAUAAACCCCCAGGAGAAGCGUGUCAAGUCGGCGUGGAACGAAGCAGUGCUUCAGGAGGAAGCAGACACCUUCCAGAACAUCUCAGAGAAGAACAAAGUUGUACUUCCUUCUAAACUUCGUCUCCAAUGGGCGAAUGAAGAAGUCUUGAGCAAGUUGUCAGCUAUCCAGGACUGUUUUAGAGCCGUAUUGGUACCAUACGAGCACUGGGCACAAAGAGUGGCGAUCGAGAUGUCUAGAGAUUUUCAGCAAAUCGCCAUCUUUGCUCGCACUGGUUCAGUGAACUGGGUUACCUUGUUGGAGGCCAUCUUCCAGGUCCUGGCAGAUCAUCAGGUUCUUUACGGAUCUAUGGUUUCAUUCUUUAUGUUACUACUGAUACAGAACGAGAGUAUGCUGAAUUUCACCAGACGGAUGAGAGAAGCCUGGUACAAGCUGCCAACAACUUACCGCCAAGGUGUGAUGAACAGAGAGGGCGUGAUCAACCUCCUUCGUCAGUACACUCCGAGUAUCUGGAUGAUGAUGAAGGACAAUAGCGGCAACUGGUCGACCACAGAGAUGAUUGAGCAAGCUGUCACGCGCAGCCAGAUGAUGGCUUGA